AUGUCAUUGGGAGAUUUCAUGCGAGGUAUCGUCUGGGAUGGUACUCCAUACCAGGUGAAUGUGGCAAAUGUCUCUUUCCCAACGAUCAUCAACCAGACCGACGCUAUCGUGCAGGUCACUCUUUCUGCUAUAUGUGGAACGGACCUACACAUCUAUCACGGUGUAUAUGGGAGCCAGGAAGUUCCCUGGGUAAUGGGGCAUGAAGCAGUUGGCAUUGUCUCAGAGAUUGGAAGCGGAAUAAGCCAUCUUUCCAUUGGUGACAAAGUUGUCAUUCCAGACCAAGCUGCAGACGGCCAUCUGAAUCUCUGUGCUCCAGAACUGAUCUCUUUUGGUCUGGGACUAGAUUACGGCCUAGCAACUGGCUGUCAAGCCGAGUACGUUCGAGUGCCAUUUGCAGAUACAAGCCUUAUUCCUAUCCCAGAAAGCAGCAACCCAAGUGUCAGCAACAUCACCAGUCCGAACCUAGAUCUGGAUUACUUGUUCAUCUCAGAUAUUUUUGCCACGGGUUGGGGGGCACUGGACUUUGCGGGAUUCGAGGCCGGUGACACUGUUGCUGUUUUUGGAGCGGGCCCUGUUGGACUCAUGGCUGCCUAUUCCGCUAUUAUUAGAGGAGCCUCUCGUGUCUACAUCGUGGACCAUGUCAGCGACAGACUCGCUCUCGGAUUCUCGAUUGGUGCUAUUCCUAUCGAUUUCAUGGAAUCCGACCCUGUAGAACAGAUUCUACAACACGAACCUAACGGUGUCCGCCGAAGUGUAGAUUGUGUUGGGUUUGAGGCUCUCGACAGUGAACUUCAGCAUGUCGAAAAUGAGGUUCUCAAUAAUAUGAUAGCCGUGACUGCAACCAGUGGUGGUAUUGGCAUAGUUGGGGUAUAUUCAGCUUCGCCAAACAGCCCUGGAACGCCCCGGGGAGGUACAAUUUCGCCUACUGUCCAGUUUCCUAUGACUGAUUUUUUCAACAAAGGGUUGAGAAUGCAAGGAGGCGGUGUUGACCCGAAGGUUCUGGCACCAGAACUAGUUGAGCUGAUUCAAACCGGUAGAGCAAAGCCAAGCUUUAUUGUGAGCAGUAUCAUCGAUAUCGAACAAGUUCCUAGAUACUACGAAAGAUUCGACCAACAUCUUGAGUCUAAGGUUGUCAUUCGUUUCUAG